AGCUCCUGAGUCCUUUUCCAGUGAACUUUCCCUAUUUCUACUCACCAGCUUUUGUAACUUGGUGCAUUUUCCUAGCGCAGCACUUGUCGAAUAGAAAAGCCGCAGAGUGACACGCCCGUACACUGCUCAUGCCGAAAAUUAAGACGUCACGUACAAAGCCGCCUCCCUCAGGCUGGGACGAAAUCGAGCCAACGCUGCUAGAGUUCGAGCAAAAGAUGCGUGACGCCGAGAACGAGACUUCAACCGGAAAGCGGCGGGUCGAGUCGACGUGGUCUGUGAUGCGCAUCCACCACCAGCGGUCGCGGUACAUCUACGACUUGUUCUACAUACGCAAGGCGAUUUCGCGCAAGCUCUACGACUACUGCCUCAAGCGCAACUACGCCGACGGCAACCUGAUUGCCAAAUGGAGGAAACAGGGAUUCGAAAAGCUGUGCUGUUUGCAGUGCAUUCAGCCGCGUGAUACAAAUUACGGAACCGCCUGCAUCUGCCGCGUUCCCAAGGCAAAGCUCGAGGAAGGGCGCACCGUCGAGUGCGUGCACUGCGGGUGCCGCGGGUGUGCCAGCUCGGACUGACAAUCCUUCAUGCU